AUCUUAAUUAGUUAUAAUCUAAUGACUAUGUCUAUAACGCAAAAUACAAAAAGUUUUGAGUAAAAAACUAAAAUUGAAGGGUUUUUCUUAGUGACCGAUCUGAAAUUUGAAGUUUGGCAAAUGUCAACAAUGAAAUAUGUUUUGGAGAUGGUUUAGUCCUAAAGCCGCCAUUUCAUCCGUCUACGAUUCUUCAGUUUCCCCUCAAGCAAUCCCGAUUCUGAUCUCGACCCAUUUCAAUCCGCCCGAAAACACUUGCGAGUCGCGGCGAGCUAACAAUGGUGAGGAGAAGACAAAGAAGAGAAUCGAAGCUUGUGAUGUUACGAAAGGGAAGUGGGUUUAUGAUCCAUUGUACAAACAAAUGCGUCUUGUCCUUUAUUUUUUAUGGAUGAAGGAUUUAGUUGUCAAAGCAAUGGAGAUGGGAGCCUCAAAAUUGUGAUUCAUUGUUCCACUGAGCAGUUAAUCAUUUCAUGGUCCUGACUCCUGAUUUUGAAAUUGUGGUCGUUUUUGGUAUGUGUCAGUUUAGGUUCAAUGCUACAAAAUGAUCUUGACGGAUUUCAAGAACACUUUCGAACAUGGAGAUGUGAAGCUGACUUUGGUGGGCAGAGAUGGAUACAGAGUGACCAUGGAUGUGCACAAGAAGGUCUUAUCAGAGAAGAGCAAGUUUUUCAGGGAGAAGAUGAAGUAUCGAAGAGAGAAUGGAGUCUCUCAUUCUCAAAUGGUGGAGAUAAGUGAGUGUGGUGAUGUAGAGACUGUGGUGUUGAAGUAUUGUGAUGAUCUUCAGAAUAAAUUGUUUGGUCAAAGUCUUGACCUUUCUCAAGGUUUCUUCAGCUAUAACGUUUGUGGAGGGAAUAAAGUCAUGCUUGGAGUACUUAAAGGCAGUUCCUUGGUCAUAAGACGAGGAAGAAAUCGCUGCGUCGUGUAUUGAAGAACUUAAUCUUCCUGGUUCGACUGCCACUUCAGUUCUGCAGAGAGUAUCAUCUUUUAAGCCCUCCACAUGUACAAGCAUAACCGGUAACAUCUUCUUGAAACUCCUUACUGGUGUUCUCCUAGCGAAAGACGAUAAAGCAUGCAGAGAAAUGAAAUCUGUCAUCUUUCGGUUGAUUAAAGAAGAAGCUGAUCAUGAUGUGUCUAAAGAUAUCCUUUACAGUCUAUGUCACCAAUGUCUCCUCUCUCUUAUCUGAAGUCACCUCCAAUGUGAAUGAUCCUGGUGAUUUGAUUGGGGAAAUAUCUAGAGAAGCCAGUAACUUGAUUUGGAUAGUAGACAUACUGAUUUAAAAGAAGCUCUGCAACGAGUUUGUGAAACUAUGGGCGGAUCAGAAGGAACUAGCAAAUCUCCAUUCCACGAUUCCAGCGAUGUACAGACACGAAAUAAGAAAGAUCACUGCAAAAAUCUGUGUUGGAAUUGGUAAAUGAAAGAUCUUGGUGAAGAGGGAGACUCGGUUUUCAGUUCUGAAUACAUGGUUUAAGGCGUUGUACGAUGAUUUUGGUUUGAUGAGAAGGGCGUCACCGAGAUCAAUGGACUGGAAAGUAGUGGAGGAUGGACUCAGCCAGAUGAUAUUGACAUUGUUGUUGAGACAACAACAGGUGAUCCUGAUGGAGUGGUUCAAUCGGUUUAUGAGCAAAGGAAAAGAAUGUCCAAAUGUUCAAAUAGCAUUUGAGGUUUGAUGGAGAAGAGCUUUUUCAUAAGACAGGUCAUAUUUGAGCCACCUGAUACAUAAUAUCAGCUUCAGAUUACUUUCUACAAAGGCUUUUACAUUUGUAGUUUUGUUACACACAUCAUUGCAAUGAUUUGUUAUAUAAUAUUCUUUGUACAAAAUUAUUUAUAUACUUGAUUCUGCAACUGUAAACUAAUAAUGAAACAGAACUCAACAUGAA